AUGGACAUCGGGAGGAAGAUGGCGGAGACCUCGGCCGCGGAGGCGGAGAGCCGCGCGGAGUUCAAGGCCUUCUCCGCGGACUCCAAGACGGACAUGGCCAGCAAGCAGAGCGACGCGGCCCACUUGGAGGAGAAGAAGGAGCAGCAAGCCAAGGCUUUGGCGCAGAAGCAGGCGGACUUGGCCUCCUCGCAGUCGGAGCUGGGCUCGGCGACGGGAUACUUCGAGGAGCUGAAGAAGCAGUGCAUCUCCCCCGAGGCGGAUGCGGCCAAAGCGGAGGCGCAUCGACAGGAGGAGAUCGCCAAGCUGAAGACGGCGCUGAAGGAGUUGGAGUGA